GAAACCAAGCUCCGGCACUCCACGAAAACACGCGCAAGGCCCAGAAAGCGCUGAACCUGUCGCCGCAGGCCGUGCGCCAUCUUUGGAUCCGGACAGCGCUUUUUGAGAAGGUCCUGGACAAGAUCGUCCUCCAUUUGGUUGAAAACAGCAGCAAAUACUACGAGAAGGAGGCCUUAAUGAUGGACGCCGUUGACGGGCCGAUCCUCGCUUCUUUACUCGUCGGCCCUUGCGCCCUCGAAUACACCAAGAUGAAGACCUCUGACCACUUUUGGACCGACCCUUCGGCUGACGAACUCGUCCAGCGCCACCGGAUCCACAGCUCCCAUUGCCGCCAGGACUCUCCGACCAAGCGUCCGGCACUCUGCAUCCAGAAGAGACAUUCGAGCGGCAGCAUGGAUGACCGUCCGUCUCUGUCGGCCAGAGAUUACGUCGAAUCGCUCCACCAAAAUUCGCGGGCUACGCUCCUUUACGGGAAAAACAACGUCUUGGUGCAGCCGGUGAGCGACUGGCGACACGGGAAUUCGAACCUUGUUUGUGUAAUAAUGUUAAAAAUUUGUUUAGAAAAAAGUGCUCCCGGUAGUUGUGGAAGUCGUCCAUUUAUCGCAGCAUGUGCUUCGCCUCCUUCUGUAUGUCGCGCUCUGCAAUCUGCACAUAAAGGAUAGUCCAGUUUGACGGCCCUGGCUCAAUGCUAGGGGAUGAUGGGAACUGUAGUUUUGUUAGGCUUCUCUGUCAGCAUUCCAAAGCACUGAGAUGUCAAAUGUGGGGUUAAAGCGAUUUCAAAUCGGAUUGUUCCUGCGGUGCGUUUUGGCCCUUAGUGAGUCUAAAGUGAGCAGGGAUGGUUUGAAUUAAAUGAAACGGAUAAAUAAAAUGAAUGAAUUAAAUGAAAUGAAUGAAUUAAAAAAUGAAUUAAAUGAAAUUUAUAAAUACAGAAAAAUAGAUGAACUAAAUGAAAUAAUUAA